AGGUGCGCAGCCGGAGGGGAGGGGGCGGCCUUCGGGAUCUGGCGCGGCUUUUGCCUUUGGCUCCAGCGUGAGCUCGGUUAGGGCCUCCGCCGCCGUGCUUUCACUCCUCAGGGAGGCGUCGGUGAUUCGGUCACAGCCUCAGCCUCCGUCGCUCUGUGACCUGCGGGUAUUGGAUGAUUCGUAGCUGAGACUCCGCUACACCCCUGAAGUGGGGAAAUGGAACUCUUAACAUUCAGGGAUGUGGCCAUAGAAUUCUCUCCAGAAGAGUGGAAAUGCCUGGACUCUGCCCAGCAGAGUUUGUAUAGAGAUGUGAUGUUGGAGAACUACAGGAACCUGGUCUCCCUGGGUGUUGCUAUCUCUAACCCAGACCUGGUCAUCUAUCUGGAGCAAAGAAAGGAGCCCUACAAAGUGAAGAUACCUGAGACAGUAGCCAAACACCCAGGUGUUGCUAUCUCUAACCCAUACCUGGUUAUCUAUCUGGAGCAAAGAAAGGAGCCCUACAAAGUGAAGAUACAUGAGACAGUAGCCAAACACCCAGCUAUGUGUUCUCAUUUCACCCAAGAGUUUUUGCCAGUGCAGGGGAUAGAAGAUUCAUUCCAUAAACUUAUAUUAAGAAGAUAUGAGAAAUGUGGACAUGAGAAUUUACAAUUAAGAAAAAGCUGUAAAAGGAAGGUGCAGAAAGGAGGUUAUAGUGAAUUUAAUCAAUGCUUGUCAACUACCCAGAGCAAUAUAUUUCAGUGUAAUGCACAUGUUAAAGUAUUUAGUAAGUUUUCAAAUUCAAAAAAACGUAAGACAAGACAUACUGGAGAGAAACACUUUAAAGAAUGUGGCAAGUCAUUUCAGAAGUUCUCAGACCUAACUCAACAUAAAGGAAUUCAUGCUGGAGAGAAACCCUACAUGUGUGAAGAAUGUGGCAAAGAUUUUAAAUGGUAUUUAAUCUUUAAUGAAUAUAAGAUAAUUCAUACUGGAGAGAAACCCUUCACAUGUGAAGAAUGUGGCCACAUCUUUACCACAUCCUCAAACUUUGCUAAACAUAAAGUUCAUACUGGAGAGAAAUCUUACAAAUGUGAAGAAUGUGGCAAAGCCUUUAAUAGGUCCUCAACCCUUACUAAGCAUAAGAGAAUUCAUAUUGGAGAGAAACCCUCCACAUGUGAAGAAUGUGGCAAAAUCAUUACCUCAUCCUCAAACAUUGCCAAACAUAAGAAAAUUCAUACCAGAGAGAAGCUCUACAAAUGUCAGGAAUGUGGCAAAGUCUUUAACAGGUCCACAACCCUUACUAAACAUAAGAGAAUUCAUACUGGAGAGAAACCCUACACAUGUGAAGAAUGUGGCAAAGCCUUUAGUAGGUCCUCAGUUCUGAAUGAACAUAAGAGAAUUCAUACUGGAGAGAAGCCCUAUAAAUGUGAACAAUGUGGCAAAGCAUUUAGACAAUCUGCAACCCUUAAUAAACAUAAGAGUAUUCAUACUGGAGAGAAACCCUACACAUGUGAAGAAUGUGGAAAAGCCUUUAGUCGGUUCACAACCCUUAAUGAACACAAGAGAAUUCAUACUGGAGAGAAGCCCCACAAAUGUGAAGAGUGUGGCAAAGCCUUUGGAUGGUCCACAGACCUGAAUAAACAUAAGAUAAUUCAUACUGGAGAGAAACCUUACAAAUGUGAAGAGUGUGGCAAAGCCUUUGGAUGGUCCGCAUACCUGAGUAAACAUAAGAAAAUUCAUACUGGAGAGAAACCUUAUAAAUGUGAAGAGUGUGGCAAAGCCUUUUUAUGUUCCAGAGCCCUGAAUAAACAUAAGACAAUUCAUACUGGAGAGAAACCUUAUAAAUGUGAAGAGUGUGGCAAAGCCUUUGGAUGGUCCACAUACCUGAGUAAACAUAAGAAAAUUCAUACUGGAGAGAAACCUUAUAAAUGUGAAGAGUGUGGCAAAGCAUUUAGACAUUCCAGAGUACUGAAUAAAUAUAAGACAAUUCAUACUGGAGAUAAAAUCCCCAAAUGUAAAGGAUGUGGCAAAGCCUUUAAGCGGUCCUCAUACCUUAAUCAACAUAAUAAAAUUUAUACUGGAGAGAAACUCUAGAAAUAUGAAGAAUGUGGCAAAGCCUUUGGAUGAUCCACAAACCUGAAUGAACAUAAGAAAAUUCAUAUGGGAGACAAACCCUACAAAUGUAAAGAAUGUGGGAAAGCCUAUAAACAGUCCUCACCCAUGAAUAAACAUGAGAAAAUUCAUAAUGGAGAGAACACCUACAAAUGUAAGGAAUCUGGCAAAGUCAUUACCUCAUCCUCAAACUCUGCUAAACGUAAGAGAAUUCAUACUGGUGAGAAACCCUAUUAUGUUUAGAAUAUCAUAAAACCUUUAAUAGCUCCACAACCCUAAUUGAACAUAGGAGGAUUCAUACUGGAGAGAAACCCUACACGUGAAGAAUGUGGCAAAGCCUUUAGACAGUCUGGAAACCUUUAUGUACAUAGGAGAAUUCAUACUGGAGACAAAACCAUACAAGUGUAAAUGAUGUGGAAAAGCCUUUAAGCUGUACUCCAGCAUUCUUAAACAUAAGAGAACUCGUACUGGAGGAAUGUCUUACCAAUAUGAAGAAUGUGGCAGUCUUUAAAUGUUCCUCAAUCUUUUCUAAUAAUAAGAUAAUUCAUAAGGGAGAGAAACUCUACUAAUGUGAAAAAUGUGAGGAAGCUUUUAACCACACCUCACUGUGUUCUAAACAUAAGAUAAAUGAUAUUGGUGAGAAGCCAUAUGAAAAUUUAAAAUGUGGCAAAGACUUCAAAUUCUCAAAUUCUCUCAAAAAACUUUUUUUUUUUUUUUUUUUUGAGACAGAGUCUUGCUCUCUCCCCCAGGCUGGAGUGCAGUGGCACGAUCUUGGCUCACUGCAAGCUCCACCUCCCGGGUUCACUCCAUUCUCCUGACUCAGCCUCCUGAGUAGCUGGGACUACAGUUGCUCGCCACCAUGCCAGGCUAAUUUUUUGUAUUUUCAGUGGAGACAGGGUACCACCAUGUUAGCCAGGAUGGUCUUGAUCUCCUGACCUUGUGAUCCACCCAUCUCAGCCUCCCCAAGUGCUGGGAUUACAGGCAUGAGCCACUGCGCCCGGCAGACUUCAAAUUCUCAUCACAUCUUACUGUAUGUAAUUACUACUGAAGAAAACUAGAAAUACAAAAGAUGUGGCAAAACUUUUAAUCAGUGCUCAUCUCUUUUUGCAUGUGAUAGCAUUUAUACGUGAGAACAAUUGUACAAAUAUAAAAAUACAAAAGCCAUUAAUAUCUACUCACAUCUUACCAGAUAUCAGAAUUUAUAGUUAACAAAAGCAUUAUAAAUGUAAUUUCUGUUGAAAGACCUUUUAGAAAAUAUAGGACAUUAAAGCGAAGAAGAGUAUUCUUAAGACAGAAUACAAAUAUAAAGAGGGUUGUAGUACCUGUACUUGUAUCCUGGAUCUUACUGUACACAUUUUGUACUAGCGGAAGACUCAGAAGCAGUUGCUCAAACUUUGUUCAGCAUCAGAGAAUUUACAUUGGAGCAAAAUCCUACAAAUGUAAUAAAUGUGGAAAAACAUCUGUUCAAAAACUGCAGCUUAAACACUAGAAAGUUUAUAUUAGAAGAUAAUUUGUAGAGGCAAUAAAUGCGGAGAAAUAUUUAGGCUAAAAUUAAGCCUAUGUAAACAUCAGAGGAUUUACUGGAGAAAGAACUAAGGAACUAACACUUGACAAGAAAUCAGAGUAUUAAGUGUAAAAAAAUCCAAAGUUAAACCUGUUAGAAACUUUCUUCGUCAGCCAGUCGUAGUGGCUCACGUCUGUAAUCCCAGCACUUUGGGAGGCCGAGGUGGGUGGAUCACGAGGUCAGGAGAUCGAGACCAUCCUGGCUAACAUGGUGAAACCCCAUCUCUACUAAAAAUACAAAAAAUUAGCUGGGUGUGGUGGCGGGCACCUGUAGUCCCAGCUACUCGGGAGGCUGAGGGAGGAGAAUGGCUUGAACCCAGGAGGUGGAGCUUGCAGUGAGCCAAGAUCGUGCCACUGCACUCCAGCAACAGAGCAACUCUACCUCAAAAAAAAAAAAUUCUGCAUAUAUAAGUUGAAAAGAAGUAGAUUUUUGAAGAGAUUUCAUUCAAAGUAUAUUUUUUACUUGAAAAAAGUAUAGAUCUUUUGAAAAGCAAAAAAUUGAAAUCCAAAAUUAUAGUAUUUCAGUCUUCUCAUUUAUGUGAAAGCAUGUGAUGAAUUAUUGCUGCAUCAGAGAUAUGAGAAAUUCCAUAGUGGGCAGUAUUCGCGAACUUCUACAUGAAAGAAAAAACAGAAAUGAAAGACGCCUCAAGAAAAUCUAAGCAGAGAAGCUUUUUGUGGUUGACUUAGAGUGAUGCAUGGAGUAGGUGUUCAGAGUAACAUUUUGCAUUAUUGUGAGAAACAAUCUGAAUUUUAGUAGUAAAUUGUUUCACCAAUUGUACAUUUAUGUAAUAAAUUAAUAAAAUGCUGUAAAUUUUAAAAUUCUCUUUUAAGAUCAUGUGUGAACUUAAUUUUUUUUUUUGAGACAAAGUCUCUCUAUUGCCCAGGCUGGAGUGCAGUGGCACCAUCUUGGCUCACUGUAACCUCUGCCUCCCAGGUUCAAGUGAGUCUCUUGCCUCAGCCUCCCGAGUAGCUGGGAUUACAGACGCACACCACCAUGCCUGGCCAGAUUUUGUAUUUUUAGUAGAGAUGGGGUUUCAGCAAAUUGACCAGGCUGGUCUUGAGCUCCUGACCUCGUGAUCUACCUGCCUCAGUUUCCCAAAGUGCUGGGAUUCCAGGUGUGAGCCAUCGCACCUGGCCUUAAUUUUUUAAAUAAAAUUGUUAAUGUGUAGAAAUUAUUGUGUCUUGAAUGAUGUGUUAUGCCACCAAAUUUCACCUAUCCCACCUCA